AUGGGCAAGAAGGCGGAGUUCGCCCGAUCCCGCUUCAAGGAGGUGCGGCAGAAGCGCGAAGAGCGCAUGCAGCGCUCUCGAACGGAGCGGGACCGGCGCCAUGGCGUCGACAAGUGGGAGCGCAAGAUCGACAAAGUUGUUGUCCAACGACCCCUCCCCAACGAAGCCCAGCAAGCACUUCUCCUUGCUCAGUUUGCGCAAGCGUGCCGACUGGUCGCUCCCAGCACGGACAUGUGCGUCCUCAUGCGUCACUACGCCAAGGUAGCGGAGGGAGCGGAGCAGAAGAGUACGUCGACGACGAUGGUGACUACAAGUGCGCCAUCGACCAAGCCAGCCACGCUCAAGCGCAAGCGUAACGAGGAGGAGGAGGCACCCGCUGCAGGCGCCGCCUUUCUCAACACCGUUGCAGAUGCGCUUCUGCAAACCCAGAACGCACCGGCAGUCAUAGAAGAAGCCGCGGUCAGCGCGAAGGACGGAGAGAACGCUCUGGACGACGACGACGACGACACAGUGACGGUGUUGCAGGACAUCCUGCAGGAUGACAGCGGCCGCCGUGUGGUCGCCACCCUUCUGGCCUCCUUGAACGCGGUGCACAGCAGCAAGUGCGAGGCGGUAGCCAAGGCCGUGCUGGAGCAAUUCGAAGAGAAUGAGCAUUUCCCUCAGCACCAUGUGGCGUGUCGUGUCAUGAGCGCCCUCGUGCAGUUUGGCUCAGAUCCGACGCGGCAGGGUGUUCUGAACCUCCUGCGCCAGCGCAGCACAACCAUCGAGGGUGUGGAGCGCUUGCUCUCUGACCGCCACACCGCCGGCACCAUCGAGCAGCUCCUAAAGAGCUACGGCAGGGAAACCGCUGCCUGGCUCUGCGAGGUGCUCUCCCUCUCCACCCCCGUCACCUCGUCCUCUGCUGCAGAAGCCGGGGGCAGGAAAAAGAAAGCCGCCAAGCAGCGCGACGCGGCCGCUGAGGAGACGGCGUCUGGCGAGCGCAUCACCACCGAGAAGCUCAUGGAACUCGUUAACGGUCCGGUGUCUGGUCAGGUGCUUCUUCAGCUGCUCCACACCGACGCCCGUCGCGAGCUGCUGAAGCGCCUGCCUAUCGCUGAACUCCUCCAGUCCAAGCGCGGCACCGCGUUCCUCACGCAGUUGUUGACGCUGACGGCCUCCGUCGCCACAGGUGAGGGCGACGAGAGCAGAGAGGCAGAGGCGGUGGCUCUCUUUAGCGACGUACUGGAGCGUCUCGGGAAUGACCUGGGCGAAAUGGCCAUCGACAAGCGUGCGAACUUCGUUGUUCAGGCGCUGAUCCAACUUCUGCCGGCCAUGGGGGCUCAGAGCGCGAAGCAGCUGGACCGCCUGGAGCGCGGGCUGGGAGGCGCUGCCGGUAUCUCUGCUUUGGUGGCGCACGGCAACGGCGUGCACGUCGUCCUGUCCCUCAUCGACGCUGCCCUGAAGCUUCCUUUGGAGUCUGCGGUGGAGGGGCUGGCGGAGCAGCUGGUCACGCGGCACAAUGUCACGGACCUUCUGUACCACAAGCACGGCAGCCUCGUGGUGCGUCGCCUCAUGCCUCUCAUCUCCCGCAAGGCCUCCAAGGUGGGCCGCCUUCUGCAGGGCAUGGUGGAGCAGGACUUUUCGAACCUAGUGUACACGGAGGCCGGCAACUUGGUCGUCACGGCCUAUCUCACUGCACUCGGCAAGUCGGGCGCGUCGUUGCUGGCGCAGAAGCUGUCCGGUGGAGAGGACCUGCUCUCGAUGUGCCGCAGCCCGUACGCAUCACACGUGGUGUUCACUUUGUUUGACCUGGUGGACCCCACAACGCACACACUUCUGUGCAACGCGCUAAAGGCGCACGUCCUGCCCCUGUCGACACACGUGAACGGCCGCUUCAUUGUGGAGAAGCUGAUCUCCGCCAGCCGCGAUGUGCGCGAGAUCGUGUCGCGCCAGUUUCUCUCCUUAGCCCAGGAGCGAGGCACGCAGCAUGUGCUCUGCGCAUUGCUGGCCAGAAUGGAUGCCCGUGGCAAGCAGGCGUGCGUGGAGAAGACGAUCAUGCCCAACCUCACCGCCCUCGCCACCCACCAGUGCGGUUCGAUUGUGCUGCAGAAGUUGAUGCAAGCGGAGCCGGCGGUGCUGUCAGCGGUGCGGCAGCGUCUCUCCGCAAACUCACUGGUGCGCAACGACUUGGCGCAGAACUUCUUUGGCAAAUUUGUGGUGCAGAUUGCGCAGCAACCGGAACAGGACCAACCCCAGUAG